GGAUCCCUGGAUGCCCAUUGGUCCGUGUACAGGACUGCCGGCGCGCGGGCUUCAGCGCGGGCGUUCGAACUGGCGUUUGGCGGCGUUGUCAUGGGGAUGCGCCCUGGCUGUAGUCUGAAACUCGCGGGUAACUGAGUGCUCGGGUCGUAGGCCUUAGGGCUCUCUUCAGAAGGCAUCAUUUUUUUUUCUGUCCUCUGAUGGGACUCCUUGAGGAGUUCUGAAGCCCUCGAGAAUAUAUAAAAACCUGUUCACAAAAAUGGCAUCCUGGUUAUAUGAAUGUCUUUGUGAAGCUGAACUUGCACGGUAUUAUCCUCAUUUUACUGCCCUUGGCCUUCAGAAAAUAGAUGAAUUAGCCAAGGUUACAAUGAAAGACUACUCUAAAUUGGGAGUCCGUGACAUGAAUGACCGCAAACGUCUCUUCCAGCUGAUCAAAAUCAUUAAGAUUAUGCAGGAAGAGGAGAAAACAGUCAGUAGCCCAGACCAUCCUUUUCAGACAAGCAACCAGUACAUUAAGACUCAGGAAUUCAGAUCUGGCCCUCGAAGACAACUACAGUUUGACUCUCCUGUUGACAACAAAGACAGAACUGCUAGCAAAAAUGGCUUUGAAAUGCAUAAUAUAUCAGAUUUCCCUGCAAAUGAACAGAAGUCCGCUUACCUAAAAGUGCUAGAACACAUGAUACCAGAUGAUUCCCAGUACCAUACGAAAAUGCAAACUCUGAAUGCCACAGCUGCUGAUUCCUAUGUGCAAACAGAAACUAAUGCUUCACUGUUUUCAUCACAUCUCUUUUCUCCAUUUAUGGGAAAUUGUGAUAUUCCCAUUAUUCAGAGAGUUUCUCAUGUUUCAGGGUAUAACUAUGGAAUCCCUCAAUCUUGUAUCAGACAGAACACCUCAGAGAAAGAGAAUCCUUGGACUGAGAUGGAGAAAAUCAGAGUUUGUGUUCGAAAACGACCUCUCGGUGUAAGGGAGGUACGUCGUGGAGAAAUUAAUAUUAUUACUGUAGAAGACAAAGAAACUCUACUUGUACAUGAGAAAAAAGAAGCAGUUGACCUCACACAGUAUAUAAUGCAGCAUGUUUUUUAUUUUGAUGAAGUCUUUGGUGAGGCCUGCACCAAUCGAGAUGUAUACAUGAAGACUACUCACCCCCUCAUUCAGCAUAUUUUCAAUGGAGGCAAUGCCACUUGCUUUGCAUAUGGACAGACAGGUGCUGGAAAAACCUACACUAUGAUAGGAACCCAUCAGAACCCAGGACUGUAUGCUUUGGCUGCCAAAGAUAUCUUCAGACAACUGGAAGUGUCCCAGCCAAGAAGGCACCUCUUUGUGUGGAUCAGCUUCUAUGAAAUCUACUGUGGUCAGCUUUAUGACCUCCUAAAUAGAAGGAAAAGGCUCUUCGCAAGAGAAGACAGCAAGCACGUGGUACAGAUAGUAGGACUGCAAGAGCUCCGGGUGGAUACUGUAGAGCUCCUCUUAGAGGUGAUCUUAAAGGGCAGCAAGGAGCGCAGCACUGGGGCCACUGGAGUUAACGCGGAUUCCUCCCGCUCCCAUGCUAUCAUUCAGAUUCAGAUCAAAGAUUCAGCCAAGAGGACAUUUGGCAGGAUCUCUUUCAUUGACUUGGCUGGCAGUGAAAGAGCAGCAGAUGCCAGGGAUUCGGAUAGACAGACAAAGAUGGAAGGUGCAGAAAUAAACCAGAGUCUUCUGGCUCUGAAGGAAUGUAUCCGAGCUCUGGACCAGGAGCACACCCACACUCCCUUCAGGCAGAGCAAACUAACUCAGGUUCUGAAGGACUCUUUCAUUGGCAAUGCCAAAACUUGCAUGAUUGCUAACAUCUCACCAAGCCAUGUAGCCACUGAACAUACUCUGAAUACCUUACGCUAUGCUGACCGGGUCAAAGAACUAAAGAAAGGCAUUAAGUGUUGUACUUCAGCUACCAGUCGAAAUCGGAUAUCUGGAAAUGCCUCUCCAAAGCGGAUUCAGAGCUCCCCUGUAGCCCUGCCAGGGGACAAGUGUUCUCCAAAGAAAGUCAAGCUGGGGUAUCAGCAGUCAGUCACAGUGACACCUGGCUCCACAAAAGGAAAGUCCUAUCCUCUGGCUAGCCACCCACCAAACAUUCCUUGUUCUUCUGUACCUAAAGUCCCUGGUAAAAAGUGCAGCUCCAGAGGGAGUCCUCCCAAAGAGUGGGUCAUGCAGACUAGCCCUGUCAAAGAAACUAUGCGGUCUGGAGAUUUAGCCAAAAAAGGAGCAGAAGAAUUGGCACUAUUGUGCUCUGAGAAAAAUCAAAUUGGCAACAAGACUGCACUUGGGUGGGGGCGCAGGGACCCAGGCCCAGGAGAAGGCCUGGCACAUGCUAAGCUGCCCACCAAGUGCAAGAAGAUACAGACCGUGCAGCCAGUACAGAAGCAGCCUGUGUCACGAGUUGAGCUGUCCUCUGGCAAAAGCCACCACUUAGCAGAGGAUGGUCAGGGCACCAAGGCAGGCACAUCUGCCAGGCCUGCUGCUGAAGCUUGGACAAACAUCCCUCCACAUCAGAAGGAAAGGGAGGAGCAUUUGCGUUUUUAUCAUCAGCAGUUCCAGCAGCCACCUCUCCUCCAACAGAAGUUAAACUACCAACCACUGGAAAAAUUUUUAUGCCAAUACAGGGCCCCAGAGGGUCAGCUCCAGAACAAGACUCCUCCUCCCUCCCAUGCUUGCUCUGAGAGCCAGGAUGGAGCUCAAGCUGAGGAUCUUGAUGACAGUGACUUCAGUGAAGAUUCUUUUUCACUUGUCUCCAGUCAAAGGACUACAAAGCAGAGGAGCACCCUGGAGAAGAGCGAAAGCUCAUUCUUCCUUCAUCAGAAGGGGCAGCAGAGUUCAGAAGGGCAAGUAGCAGAAAGGCAGCAGAGUCUGUUUUUUAGCUCCAGGACAGAUGGUGAUGAGAAAGGUCUAAUUGAAAGCUGGAUAUACUCCAGGGACCCCAUAGGCCACAGGAGAGCAGCAUUCAGUCAUCGCCACAGCCCAAGUAAGGUGCGCUUGGACCGGAGCCAAGAAGACCAUACUUCCUCAGAGCCAUCUCCCAGAGACAAUCUGGCAGAGAAGCCUUCCUGCUCACAGGUAGAUCUUGUAUACGCUCAGAAAAGAAGUGAUGGGCCUGCCAUUGACCUCAGACAGGAUGCCUUCAGAAGUGAAGUUCCUGAAGAGGCUGAGGGCAGCUUGCCAUCCCUGGAAGAUGGUUCCUCUUUCUCUCUAUCCCACAUUGCAGUUCCUGGAUCCCCAGACCAAAGAGACAUAGAUUCCACACAACUGAGAGAGGUCAGUGAAGAGAGUGUAUCCCAAGUGACCAGAACAGCAACAAAGAAUAAUCGUUUCCAAGGAGAAGACUCUAGAGGGCAAUUAGGCACAUGCUCUGAAUAUGCUUCUGGACUAAUGGCUCCCCUCACCAUCUCCCUCCUAGAGACUCCAGAUAAUGAUGGCCAUUCUCUGGAGCAGCCGGCCCAGGACAGGGCUGUGCACAGUCUAGUGACAGAGAGCACAGGGGGUCCAGCUGUGGGCCAUAAAGUAUCAUCUGGCCACCAAGAGGCAGCCUUGCCAGUGUCUUCAGUAACUGGGCGCCUGUUUCUCUCCUCAUCUCCCCCUGACAACAAGCCUGGUGGUGAUCUGCCAGCUCUGUCCCCAUCACCCAUUCGCCAUCAUCCACCUGACAAGCUGCCCAUUGAGGCUGACCAGAGACAGGCCUGCCAGAGCAGGGAGCCUGCACUCUUCUCCCAGGAACUUGUGGGCAGUGAGCAAUAUGAUGCUGAUGUUGAGGAAUCAGGGCUGGAUGGCCCCUGGAGUUUCCCUGGAAAGCCCUUCUCUACCACACAAACAAGGGGGCACCAUGCUGGAUCUGCACUCACUCCACGAAUAGGAAGUUGUGAUGAGGCUGGUCAGCCCUGGGCCCAGGAUAGCAAACAUCCUACGGGGCUCAGUUGGCAGGAGCUUGGUUUAUCUACAAGCCCCAUCAAGUUGCCUUGCAACAGUGAAGAUGUCACAUGGCUCAAAUGCAGGCCAAUCUCAGGAUGCUUGGUAUCACCAGACUCUCUCCUGGUUCCCAGCUAUUCUCCUAAGACUACAGGGAUACUUUGUCAGCCCACCCUGGAGCAAGCACAGCAGGUGGUCAUCCGUGCACACCAGGAACAGCUGGAUGAAAUGGCUGAGCUGGGCUUCAAGGAAGAGACUCUGGUGAGCCAGCUGGCUUCUAAUGAUUUUGACAAUUUUGUCAUCCGGCUGGAUGAAAUCAUGGUUCUGAAAUCCAAGUGCAUCCAGAGUCUGAGAAGCCAGCUGCAACUGUACCUCACCUACCAGAGGCCCUGAAAGAAGCGCUGUUGUUAGAACAAGGUCUUACCCCAGAUGGUGGGGACAGUAUAGGAGGGGCCUGUGCUGGGCUCUCAGGGCCUGUGAGGUUUCUGCCAGUUCUUCCCUACACACACCAGAAUCUGCUCCCUAGGGCCUCAGUUCCUCCGUCAGGGCCAGGCCUCUAUCCCUCCUCAAUUCAAAGCUCAGGAGCUUCUGUAAGAAAGGAAGGGCCAAGGUGAGGACCUUAUUGCCCUUCACAUUGUUUGGAGGUCAAAGAGCAUCUACUUUACUGAUCCUAUGUCUGUGGGGACAUAUUUGGGGUGGUAACUCUGUACAUUUUCCUAAUUUUGAGGAUUAGAGUGAGGUGGUCAGUGGUAACCUAUAGGUCAGAAGUCACAAGCUGGGGAAGAAAACAGGCUGAACUCGGGCUGAAUUAUCUGCCUUACAUUGGCCAAAAACUAAAACAUUGGUGCUAGCAGGGCAGCAGUGGGUUGAGCUGUGCACUAUCAUCCCUUAGAGAUUUCAUUUUUGAAAAUUUAACAUAAACCCUGACUUGAUGUGUCCUUAACAGCAGAUGUGGAACAGGCUUCAUGCUCCUCUUCCUGAAAUCCAGUUUUGCGACAGAAAAGGGUGCCCACACAAUACAGCAUAAAGAAGCUGAGUGAAGUUUUAGAAAGAAAGAAAAAAAAAACGAUUGGAAUGAAGAAUUUUAAUCAAUUAAAGUUUAUAAGUUGAAAAAAGAAAAGAGGGUGCCCAAAUCACUGCAUUUUUCUUGUCCUAUCUUUUGCUGAAGUGACAAUGCCUGCUAGCUCUCUUGCUUCUGUAGCAGUCCUGGCUCCUGUCUGAUUCCUCACUUCCCGUGCCCCUUCACUGAACAGCUAGAGGAUUGCAGGCAAGUCCACCUCCAGGGCUUAUCUCCGAGGACACCCUAGCUGGCCACUGCCCCACUCUCAAGGGCCAGUAUCCUUGCCUGACUGCUACUGUAGUCACUAGCUUGAAGCCUCUGACAACAAAUUCACAUGGAUGCCUUCAUCUAAAUGCUGUUGUUUUUAGCAGAAAGCUUAAGGAAAACAAAGCAGCCUACAGGUGCCCAUCACUUCCAUAGGCCACCCCAAGUCACACUGAGAUCCACGUAUCAGGCCUUGAAGCCCAUUAUUGUGUGAACAUUAAUUUUUUUCAGGUAAAGAACUUUUUAAGGUUUUAAGGGAGGAAUUUAAUUAAAAGGCCAAGAGAAGGGCUAAAUGGUUCUCUGGAGACAAGCAGCCACUGUCUCAGGUGGUGCUUCAUUUGACCACCAGAGGGCAUCUUGCCUCCAAGCUUUAGCCCCUGCAGCCCUCUUUUACUUGGUCACUAAACAUGAGACUUCCCUCUCCCUGCCAAAAGCCUCAGAGGGCUAAUGAGAUAGUAUUAAGGACAAGAAAUUUCAGGGAUGUAUUCUGUUGGAUACAACAGCACCACUGAGAGCUGGGGAAGCACUUUAAACCCAGUCCUGCCUGUGGCACAGGGAAUAUAAAUGUCUGGUGCUGCUCACAGGAAAAAGGAUUUUUCUCAUUUUCUGUAUGACUCUCCUGAAGACCCAGCCUAUCCUACCUACCUCCACGUUCCUUGGCCUGGAGACAGAAUUAGGUCACGUUUAAACAAAUCCUUGUUUGGGCCUGCCUUGCAAACCAAAAAAUCAGAGCAGAUUAGAGGGCCAGCUCUUGGGUCCCAUA